GCCAGCUUCCUGGCGGGGCAGAGCGGGCAAACUAGAUUGCAGAAAACUCUCGAGGAGGAGUCUGAUCGAACAGCCGAGAAUGCACCAGCGCCCGAGGUUGUUGAGAGCGAAGGCCCGGUUAGCAUGCCGUACCCAGGGCAUGUUGUGCCAGACGACACGAUGCUGUCCGAUCUGCUUCCACCGCCAUUGCUGUUGCGCACGUCCGAGCCUCCAACACCUUCCAAUCCUAGUGCCGUGACACCGGCCCACAUGUUGCCAAGCCUCACACCACACCCUGAGGAGUCGGCUAGUUCCCCAAUGCCAAUGCUUGUUGAAGAAAGUGUCGGGGAUGGCGGGGCCGAACCAGAGCCCGCAGCACCGAAUGCAUCAGCGAGUGCGUCUCUUCCUUUAGGAGGAGCACCUUCUGCACCUGCGUCGAGCACAGGCGUUACCAGGCCAGAGCCAGAGACUGCUGGCGGGGCAGUUCCACCAGCUCGGAAGAAGCUGCGGCUUGAUGCUGUUCAAGCAAGUGCAUAUGAUGCUGAGAUGUUUCAUCAUGAUGAGCCGCCAGAGCUCUUUGAUGAGGCCGCCGAGGAAUUUCUUGAUUGCGAGAUUGAGCAGCCCCAGGCCCAGGAUUGGGAUGAUGGUGAGCCCACUCCGGAAAUCCCAGCAAUCCUCAUCAGGCCUGAGAGCGAGAGCGAGCCCGUUUGCAGUGCAGCAGAGCUUGAAGCUAUAGAUGCUGCAGCAGAUGCUUUGGAACUUGCACGGUUGACAAGCAUUGGGGUGCUUGAGCAGUGUGAAUGCUGGCGUGAGGGCCACCGCAGCUUGUCAUCAAAGUACGUCAGGAGCUGGAGACUGAAAGUGUUGAAUGGUGAGAAAAAGUGGCUGCGGCGUUCGCGCCUAGUAGCUCGCGAGUUUGCACACCUUGAUCCUGACCGACAACACCUUUUCGCACCAACGACCACCCAAUGCAUGCUGAGAAUCGUGCCGGCAUUGUUCAUCCGCAACUUUGGUGACAACUGGGCUCUCCUGAGCCUAGAUGUGUCUGAUGCAUUUCUUCAAUGCCAGCAACAGCAUGCAACCUUGACAAAGGUAGAUGGGUUUUGGUAUAAGUUGCACAGAAUGUUGCCGGGGCAGAGAGAUGGUUCGGCAACCUGGUUCGCUGAUUUCAUGCAAGAGGUCAAGGCGGCAGUGUCAGCUGAGCCGCUAGCAGAGCAGCCGGUGCUGUUUCGCAUCCCGCGUUCGCAGCAGUCUGUGACCGGCACAAGUGCCGAAGGAGCCGGCAUGAUCCAUGUUGACGACGUGCUAGCCGCUGGGCUGACGUGGCGUCUGGAAGCCUUGGAAAAGCACCUAAAAGGAAAGUUUAAGGUUUCUUCGGAUUGGAUUCGGGAGGUUGGUGAUCAGGUUACUUUCUUGAAAAGGCGCCAUAUCCUUGUAAGCCCGAUGCUUCUGUGA